AUGAGGUGCUCAAUCACUUCCAUUCCCUCAAAGGCCCUUAGAGCCUCCGCACCUUACCGGCUCUCGACCGCCGCACUUCCGCGCGGAUCUCUCUCCGCAACCAACCGAGGGAUUGCCUCUCUAUCAUCGAGAUGUGGUUUCCUGGUAUCUCUGGCCCAACAAAUUUACAAGCCUGCGCAUUACAAGCAUGGAUUAUAUUCACACAACCAAGUUCGGUGGAGAAGUGAUGAGCCUGGCAGUUUGCGCGAAUGGGGAUUCGAAGAGAUAAACACUGCUCUCCCUAGCUCAUCCUCAAGUGACCCAACACAUACCCCAGUCAUUCUAAUCGACGUCCGUGAACCCGCUGAACUAAAAGGCACCGGUAUCAUUCCUACUGCGAUCAGUAUCCCGCUCGCCUCUCAACCCGAUGCGCUUUAUCUUACACCUGACGAAUUUGAGACUCGAUUUGGAUUCCCCAAGCCCGUCGCUGAGGAUAACCAGAAACUUGUUUUCUACUGUAAGGCUGGUGUGAGGGCUAGAGCUGCGGCACAGUUGGCUGUACAGGCAGGCUAUGAUGCUGAGAGUUUGGGAGUUUAUGAUGGGAGUUGGUUGGAUUGGGAGAGGAAUGGAGGCCGCGUUGAACGCUGGGACGGUGACGAUUUUUAA